CCUGAGUCGACACUGAGUCAGGGUCCGGGGAAAGGAGAGGGUGUCUGUGCCAGAAGGCAGCCCUCGCCCCCUCCGAUCCCUCCCCCCAGCACCAUGGGGGCUCAGGACUCCGAUAGGGUCGGGAUCCCAGGACCGCUCGGAGAAUGGGGAGGCGGACUCAGGAUCAGGGGCCUAACGCGGAGACUCGGGGGAGCGGGUCGGGCCCCCUCCCCACACUUCCUCUAGGGCACGGUUCCCCGCCUGGGGUCACCGCCCCCUUCGCCGCCCCCUCGCACCUCCCCACGCCAUCCUUGGCCCCGCCCUCUCCCUCCAGGUCCCUCCUUCCCUAACCCUCGUCCCUCCCUCUCUCCUUCCUCCCGACACCUCCUCCUCCCGACUCCCUCCCGGCGCUGCUAAGUUUCUUCGUUCGACACCGCGUACAGACCCCGGGACCGGGCCCGGCCCCGCGACCAUGCUGUGCGGCCGCUGGAGGAGCCGCCACCGGCGGCACGAGGAGCCCCCGGUGCCGGCCCAGGUCGCAGCGCCCGUCGCGCUCCCGUCCCCGCCCGCACCCCAGGACGGCGGCAACAAGAGGCCCGGGCUGCGGGCGCUGAAGAAGAUGGGCCUGACGGAGGACGAGGACGUGCGCGCCAUGCUGCGGGGCUCCCGUCUCUGCAAGAUCCGCUCGCGGACAUGGCAAAAGGAGCGGCUGUACCGGCUGCAGGAGGACGGCCUGAGCGUGUGGUUCCAGCGGCGCAUCCCGCGCGCGCCUUCGCAGCACAUCUUCUUCGUGCAGCACAUCGAGACUGUCCGCGAGGGCCACCAGUCUGAGGGACUGCGGCGCUUCGGCGGCGCCUUCGAGCCGGCGCGCUGCCUAACCAUCGCCUUCAAGGGGCGUCGCAAGAACUUGGACCUGGUGGCGCCCACGGCCGAGGAGGCGCAGCGCUGGGUGCGCGGUCUGGCCAAGCUGCGCGUGCGCCUAGACGCCAUGAGCCAGCGCGAGCGCCUCGACCACUGGAUCCACUUCUAUCUGCAUCGAGCAGACUCCAAUCAGGACAGUAAGAUGAGCUUCAAGGAGAUCAAGAACCUGCUCCGCAUGGUCAACGUGGACAUGAACGACAUGUACGCCUACUGCCUCUUCAAGGAGUGUGACCGCUCCAACAAUGAGUGGCUGGAGGGGCCCGAGAUCGAGGAGUUUCUGCGACGGCUGCUGAAACGCCCCGAGCUGGAGGAGAUCUUCCAUCGGUACUCGGGCGAGGACCGGGUGCUGAGCACCCCCGAGCUGCUGGAGUUCCUGGAGGACCAGGGUGAGGAGGGCGCCACGCUGGCCCACGCCCAGCAGCUCAUCCACACCUAUGAGCUCAACGAGACAGCCAAGCAGCACGAGCUGAUGACUCUGGAUGGCUUCAUGAUGUACCUGUUGUCGCCUGAGGGGGCUGCCCUGAACCCGGCCCACACGUGUGUGUUCCAGGACAUGAACCAGCCCCUGGCGCACUACUUCAUCUCCUCCUCCCAUAAUACCUACCUGACCGACUCUCAGAUCGGUGGGCCCAGCAGCACCGAGGCCUAUGUUAGAGCCUUUGCCCAGGGAUGCCGCUGUGUGGAGCUUGACUGCUGGGAGGGGCCAGGAGGGGAGCCGGUCAUCUACCAUGGCCACACCCUCACCUCCAAGAUCCUCUUCCGAGAUGUGAUCCAGGCAGUGCGUGACCACGCCUUCACGCUGUCUCCAUACCCCGUCAUCCUGUCCCUCGAGAACCACUGUGGGCUGGAGCAGCAGGCUGCCAUGGCCCGUCACCUGCACACCAUCCUAGGGGACAUGCUGGUGACACAGCUGCUGGACUCCCAGAACCCUGAAGAGCUGCCGUCCCCAGAGCUGAAAGGCCGGGUCCUGGUGAAGGGGAAGAAGCUGCCAGCUGCUCGGAACGAGGACGGUCGAAUUCUCUCAGACCGGGAGGAGGACAACGAAGACGAGGACGAGGAAGAGGAGGCGGGGGCCGCAGAGCAGAGGCGGCGGGCCAAGCAGAUCUCCCCGGAGCUGUCGGCCCUGGCCGUGUACUGCUGUGCCACCCGCCUGCGGACCCUGCGUCCUGCCCCGGGCCCGCCCCAGCCCUGCCAGGUCAGCUCCCUCAGCGAGCGCAAGGCCAAGAAGCUCAUUCGAGAGGCAGGGAACAGCUUCAUCAGGCACAAUGCCUGCCAGCUGACCCGCGUCUACCCGCUGGGGCUGAGGAUGAACUCCGCCAACUACAACCCCCAGGAGAUGUGGAACUCGGGCUGUCAGCUGGUGGCCCUGAACUUCCAGACUCCAGGUUAUGAGAUGGACCUCAAUGCCGGGCGCUUCCUUAUCAACGGGCAGUGCGGCUAUGUCCUGAAACCUGCCUGUCUGCGGCAGCCUGACACAUCCUUUGACCCCGAGUGUCCUGGACCCCCCAGAACGACUUUCACCAUCCAGGUGCUGACUGCGCAGCAGCUGCCCAAGCUGAACGCCGAGAAGCCAAACUCCAUCGUGGACCCGCUGGUGCGCAUUGAGAUCCACGGGGUGCCCGCAGACUGUGCUUGCAAGGAGACCAACUACGUGCUCAACAACGGCUUCAACCCCCGCUGGGGGCAGACCCUGCAGUUCCAGCUGCGGGCUCCGGAGCUGGUGCUGGUCCGGUUCGUGGUAGAAGAUUACGACGCCACGUCCCCCAAUGACUUUGUGGGCCAGUUUACACUGCCUCUCAGCAGCCUGAAGCAAGGAUACCGCCACAUCCACCUGCUUUCCAAGGACGGGGCCUCGCUGUCACCAGCCACCCUCUUUGUCCACAUCUGCAUCCAGCGCUCCUGACGGCACAGCUGAGCCACCCUGGGUUCUGCAGGUGCCAUUCUGCAUCCCUCAGCGGAGGCCCUCUCCUCCUCUGGAGUGGAGGGGUGACGGAGGGCCAGACCUCCAGCCUCCCACUUAGCCUGCCCGCCAGGCUCUGUUCUCAACUGGGUGCUGAGGGCCGCCUCGGUCCCUCCCUCCUGAAGAACAGGCAGUUGAUCUUUUCCCUGGGCCGUGAGAUGCCCCCAGCUCCUCGGGUGCUCAGCCCACCUGGUCGUCGUGGCUUCUGAAGAGCCAGGCCUGUUGCUGCCGGGAGACUUGGGGAGCAGGACACGUGAGCCCUCGGCCACUCUCUGCCCCGUCCCAGCCUCCUUCCCACAAGGAGUCCAGCCACCCCCUUGCCCCCUCCCCAGGCGUUAGCCACCCCCUAAGGCCCUCCUUCCCCCUCCAGGCUUUCUGGGCUCCCCCCUCCAGCUCUGGAACCUGAGCGCUGCUCCCUUGUUAAAGCAAGCAGGGAGAGGGAGGCUCAGCCCUGGGGAAACCUAGGAGGAGAUUUUUAAUUGUCUUAAAGAAGAGCCCCGGAGAGGACAGCAGAACAAAAUAAAGAAGCAAGUUUAUUUUACCA